AUGUCGGAUAUUGUUCUUCCUUGGUGCCAGCGUCCUGGCACUGGCAUGAUUUCCAAGCUCGUUCUUCAAGAAAAACAAAUCACUAAUUUCAUCGUCGAAUAUGUAAUUGGAACCAGAGCUAAGGAUAAGUAUAGAGCAAAUCCACCUGAAUGGAUCAAUGGCUCUAGAUCUGAUGUUUUAUUUAUUUGCAAUGAAUACGAUAGUACCCUGCCUCCAGUAGUCAUUGAAGUACAACACGUGGUGGAUGACAACUUCAUGCGACGUCUCCUUGGUUACUGCCUUUCCUUAGAGAAACAAUCCGGUGUUUUGCCUAUAGUUUUAAUUUUUCCUAUCUCCUCAAUAAGAUUUGAAAUAAUGAACAGAAUCAGAAAACGCAAAUCAGACCCAUUACUCAUCCACUAUCCCUGCCAUCCUUGGGUUCCAUCUUGCUUUAUUUUUGAUCGAAGUAGUUUAGAAGAAAACUUACAACAGCCUUUGAUCCCCUUUGUCAGUCUUUUAUAUCGUUUGGCUCAACAUCAUGUCGGAACUACCAUUUUGGAUCAUGAUCACAUCAUUGACGGUUUUUUGUCCUUUUCCAAUGAGAUGAAGACUCGGCUGGAAGAAGUACUACACCUUCAAGAAAACGACCAUGACAACAAUGCGGCUAUAUCAUGUCUUAAAAACACAAUUUUGUUAGUCAGUUCAUGUCAAGAGAAGUUCAAACAGCCUUCCACUGCUGCUGAUUCUCACCCUAAUUUACAAACACUACCCCAAAAAACUGACGCUAACUGGGACUUCGUGAAAAAUUGUAUUCAAAAGCUCAAUGAGGGAGAUCAGAUUUCUUGGAAAGCUGUAUACCAGCAAGGAAAAGGCCAUGGAUUGUUCUCUACCUAUUCCAAUGCUGCAUCCAUGAAACGUUCCUAUUACCGAGCAAAAAUAAAUAAAGGUUUUUACAUAUAA